AGGAAAAAAGCUGGAUUUUUUUGGAAGAGGUGACACAUAUGUAAGCCUGAUAGAUACCAUUCCUGAACUCAGCCGAUUCACAGCAUGCAUUGAUCUGGUAUUCAUGGAUGACAACUCAAGGUAUUGGAUGGCCUUCUCCUAUAUUACAAAUAACGCCCUCCUGGGCAGAGAAGACAUAGACCUUGGACUUGCAGGAGACCAUCAGCAGCUAAUACUAUACAAAUUGGGAAAGACCUUUUCUAUCCGUCACCACCUGGCUUCAUUUCAAUGGCAUACAAUAUGCUUGAUAUGGGAUGGUGUGAAGGGCAGAUUAGAACUUUUCCUGAAUAAAAAAAGGAUACUGGAAGUAACGGAUCAACCACACAACCUGACACCUCAUGGGACUCUAUUCCUAGGGCACUUUCUCAAGAAUGGGAGCAGCGAGGUUAAAAGCAUGAUGCAUAGCUUUCCUGGCAGCUUGUACUACUUUCAACUCUGGGACCACAUCCUGGAUAACGAAGAGUUUAUGAAGUGUUUAGAUGGAAAUGUAGUUAGUUGGGAAGAAGACGUUUGGCUUGUCAACAAGAUCAUCCCAACUGUUGACAGGACACUGCGCUGCUUUGUUCCUGAAAAUAUGACAAUUCAAGGAAAAAGUACAACUGUUUCACAACAAAUAGAUAUGACCACUCCAUCCCAAAUUACUGGAGUAAAACCACAAAAGACUGCACAUUCCUCUGCAGUGUUGUCUCAAAGCAUACCUAUAUUUGCAACUGAUUACACAACCAUAUCAUAUUCCAAUGCAACAUCUCCACCUCUGGAAACAAUGACUGCACAAAAGAUCUUAAAGACACCGGUAGAUGAGACAGCUACAUUUGCAGUAGAUGUUUUAUCAACUUCAUCAGCCAUCUCUCUGCCUACCCAGAGUAUAUCCAUAGACACUACUACCAAUUCCAUGAAAAAAACGAAAUCCCCAUCUUCAGAAAGCACAAAGACAACAAAAAUGACUGAAGCCAUGGCUACUAAAAUCUUGCAACCACCUACACCUUCUAAUUUCCUAUCCACAUCCAGAUUUACCAAGAAUUCAGUUGCAUCUACAACUUCAGCAAUGAAAUCUCAGUCGGCUGUUACGAAGACAACAUCUUUAUUUUCAAUUAUUGAGUCAACAUCUAUGUCUACAACACCUUGUCUCAAACAAAAAUCCACAAAUAUUGGGGCACUCCCUAUCUCCAGAGCUGACCAGGAGUUCAUUGAAUCUACAGCUGCUGAAACUGUACCUUGGUUUACAAUGGAAAAGACUUCACCUGCAGCUACUCAUGUUGGGACUGCAUCAGCAUUCCCACCUGAGUCUGUGCUCAUCUCCACAGCUGCUCCAGUAGAUUCUGUAUUUCCUAGAAACCAGACAGCAUCUCCAUUGGCAACAACUGAUAUGAAAAUAGCAUUUACAGUCCAUUCAUUAACUCUCCCAACUAGGUUUAUUGAGACCACGCCUGCCCCAAGGACAGCUGAAACAGAAUUGACAUCUACAAAUUUUCAGGAUGUGUCUUUAUCCAGAGUGGAAGAUGCCAUGUCUACCUCCAUGUCUAAAGAGACCUCCUCUAAGACGCUUUCUUCCUUAAGAUCCUUUUCAUUUACUGGGACUGAGAGUGUACAGACAGUUAUUGAUGCUGAAGCUACACAUACAGCCUUAACUCCUGAAAUCACACUUGCGCCUACAGUGGCUGAAACUAUGCUUUCCUCCACAAUCACAGGACGAGUUUGUACCCAGAAUACACCUACAGCUGAUGGACACAUGCUUACUUUGAUUUCCACUAGAUCAGCUUCCACAUCCAAGGCACCUGAGUCAGGUCCAACAUCCACAACUGAUGAAGCUGCCCAUCUGUUCUCCAGCAAUGAGACCAUUUGGACUUCCAGGCCAGACCAGACCCUGCUGAUAUCUAUGAACACAACCACCAUACUCACAUUUGUGCCUAAUGAAAAUUUUACAUCAGCAUUUCAUGAGAGUGCUACUCAUACAGAACAUUUAUCUACAACUACCAAUAUCAUCCCACUGAAAGCAUCUCCAGAGGGCGAAGGUACCACUACCACUGAUGCUACUACCGCCAGAUAUACAACAGCUGUAUCCAAAUUGGCAUCACCAUGGUUUUCUAAUUUCUCCAUAGUUUCUGGAACCACAUCCAUAACCAGUAUGCCUGAAUUUAAACUUACCACCUUACCACUAAAAACAAUCCCUAUGUCUGCAAAACCUGCAAAUGAACUUCCUUUGACACCAAGGGAGACUAUUGUUCCAUCAGUAGAUAUAAUAUCUACUCUUGCUUACAUUCAACCAAAUUUUUCUACUGAGGAAAGUGCUUCUGAAACCACACAAACAGAAAUAAAUGGUGCAAUUGCAUUUGAAGAUACAACGACCCCUGUACCAAGGUCAGCAACAACACAAAGAUUUAAUGCCACUGUGACAAGAAAAGAAGCAACUUCCCAUUAUCUUAUGGGAAAAUCAACUAUAGCAGCAGUGGCUGAGGUUUCUCCAUUUUCAACAAUGCUGGAAGUGAAAAAUGAAUCAGCACAAAUGGUGACAGCUUCUGUCGCUGUUUCCUCUUUUCCUGAGAUAGAAAAGCUAAGUACCCCAUUGGAUAAUAAAACUGCAACAAGUGAGGUGAGAGAAAGUUGGCUUUUGACAAAAUUGGUGAAAACCACACCUAGGAGUUCAUACAAUGAAACGACAGAAAUGUUUAAUUUUAACCACACCUAUGUAGCACACUCGACUUCAGAGACAUCUGAGGGAAUUUCAGCUGGAUCUCCCACUUCUGGGAGCACACAUAUAUUUGGUGAACCCCUGGGUGCUUCUACCACAAGGAUAUCAGAAACCAGUUUCCCCACAACCCCUACAGACAGGACAGCUACGUCCUUGUCUGAUGGUAUCUUACCUCCACAGCCUACAGCUGCUCAUUCGUCAGCAACCCCUAUGCCUGUUACUCAUAUGUUCUCAUUGCCAGUUAAUGGCAGCUCUGUAGUGUCUGAGGAGACUGAGGUUACCAUGUCUGAGGAGACUGAGGUUACCAUGUCUGAGCCUUUUACACUGGUCAGGGCUUUUUCUACAUCUGUGCUUUCAGAUGUCUCAAAUCUAUCGUCAACUACAAUGACCACAGCAUUGGUACCACCUUUGGAUCAGACUGCUUCCACAACCAGUGAUAUUGUGCCUACCCACGGAGACUCGAUUCAUACCACUUCAGAGGCCACAGUAAUCUCUGUCAGGAAGACAUCCACGGCAGUUCCUUCUCUGACAGAAACACCAUUUCCUUCACUGAGACUCUCCACUCCUGUGACAGCUAAGGCUGAAACCACCCUUUUCUCCACCUCAGUUGAUACAGUUACCCCAUCUACAAACACUCUUGUCUGCUCAAAACCUCCCCCUGACAACAUUCCUCCUGCGUCCUCCACUCAUGUUAUCUCAACUACAUCUACACCAGAAGCAACUCAACCCAUAUCUCUAGUAGAAGAGACUUCUACCUAUGCUCUCAGCUUCCCAUAUACUUACAGUGGUGGUGCAGAUGUUGCCAACUUGGCUACUGGCACCGCAGAGACCUCUGUUGUUGAUGAGACCGCACCCUCACACAUCUCUGCCAAUAAGCUUACUACUUCAGUAAACAGUCACAUUUCUCCACCUGUCACACAUCGUGUACACACACCAGUGUCCACCCACUUGGUGACUAGCACCUCUAUCUUAUCUUCUGAUGAAGACCAGAUGACCAUAUCCCUGGGAAAAACCCCUAGAACUACGGAGGUGACAGAAAUGUCCCCAUCAAAUAAUUUUUUUAUUUCAUACUCCCGGGGUACUCCAUUUUUGGAAAUGACAGAUACAGGAUUUCCUGAGACCACAAUAAUUUCCAGUCACCAAACACAUUUGCCUUCAGAGAUUCCACUUGGGACUCCCUCUGAUGGAAAUUCGGCUUCAUCUCCCACUUCUGGAAGUACACAGAUUACACCUACCUUGACCUCAAGUAACACAGUAGACGUUCACAUUCCAGAAAUGUCUACCAGUCUUGGGAAAACAGCUCUCCCCUCACAAGCUCUGACAAUCACCACUUUUUUGUCUCCUGAAAAGGAAAGCACUAGUGUUUUUCCAGCAUAUACUCCCAGGACCGUGGAAAUGAUAGUAAACUCCACCUAUGUGACUCACUCUGUCUCAUAUGGCCAGGAUACUUCAUUUGUAAAUACCACAACUUCCAGCUCAGCCAGAAUAUCAAAUCCUAUGGACAUCAACACAACUUUUUCACACUUGCAUUCACUUAGGACACAACCUGAGGUGACUUCAGUUGCCUCUUUCAUUUCUGAAAGCACACAGACUUUCCCUGAGUCCUUGUCUCUUUCCACAGCUGGACUAUAUAAUGACAGUUUUACAGUUCUCUCCGACAGGAUCACUACAGCCUUUUCCAUUCCAAAUGUACCUACAAUGCUUCUUAGAGAAUCCUCUAUGGCAACCUUCACUCCUAUUUACCAGAUGUCCUCAUUGCCAGUUAGUGUAACUGCCUUCACCUCCAAAAAGGUUUCUGACACUCCCCCAAUACUGAUCACUAAAUCUUCUAAAACAAUGCAUCCAGGUUGUUUGGAAAGUCCCUGUACAGCCACUUCUGGGCCUAUGUCUGAGAUGUCCUCAAUGUCAGCUAAUGACUCUGCUUUCACACCUGCAACAGUCUCUUCUGACACUUCCACAACAGUUGGGUUAUUCUCUACUUUAUUGUCUUUGGUUACCCCCAGGAUUACUAUGACCAUGCAGACAUCUACAUUGGAUGUCACACCUGUGACAUAUGCUGGGCCUACUUCAAAAAGCAAAAUGGUUUCCUCUGCUUUCACUACAGAAAUGAUAGAGGUACCUUCCAGGAUCACACCUACAACCUUUCUCUCUCCAACAGAGCCAACUUUCCCCUUUGUAAAAACCGUUCCCACCACUAUUAUGGCUGGGAUAGUGACUCCAUUUGUAGGUACCACUGCCUUUUCUCUACUCAGUUCUAAGAACACUGGAGCUAUUUCCUCCAUUCCAAAGACCACAUUUUCACCAUUUCUAUCAGCAACUCAACAGUCAUCACAAGCAGAUGAGGCUACAACUUUGGGCAUAUUAUCUGGAAUUACUAAGAGGUCCCUAUCUACUGUGAACAGUGGUAUGGGGGUAGCUCACACAAAUACAUAUUCCAGAACCACUGCUCCUGAAAAUAUGCUUUCACCUACUCAUGCAGAUAGUCUCCAUACUUCCUUCAAUAUUCAGGUUUCCCCAUCUCUGACUAGCUUUAAGAAUACUUCUGGAGCCACAAAAAAUGUUAAAACAACCACCACUUACCUUUCUUCUAAUACUAGAAAGAUGACUUCCUUGUUAGAAAAGACUUCCUUAACAAAUCAUGCCACAUCUUUGAAUACCCCUGUUUCAUACACUCCAUGGACCCCAUCCAGUGCAACUCCACCCUCUUUGGCAUCAUUUCUUUAUUCACCUCAUAGUAGUGAAGCUGAGUUCUCUACUCCAGAGACCUCUCCUCCUCCCACAUCCCACAUGGUUGAAUUUCCAGUUCUGGGAACAAGAAUCACAUCUAGUAAUACCCAACCUCUGCUUAUGACUUCCUGGAGCAUACCCACAGCUGAAGGUUCUCAGUUUCCAAUUUCCACCACUAUUCAUGUACCUACAUCCAAUGGGAUGGAAACAGAGACUCUACACCUUGUUCCUGGGCCUUUGUCAACAUUCACAGCCUCUCAGACUGGUCCAGUAUCUAAAGAUGUCAUGGCAAUAUCAUCAAUUCCUAUGUCAGGAAUUCUUCCUACCAAUAGGCUUUCUGAGAACCCUUCAUUAUCAACACCCUUAAGAGCUAUCACUCCCACAUUGGCUGACGUUAAGCACACAUUUGAGAAAAUAACCACAUCUGUAACUCCUGGGACCACACUCCCAUCAAUUCUUUCUGGUGCCAUUUCAGGAUCUGUAAUUUCAAAGGCUACUACUUCACCCAUUCUGACAAGGCUCUUAUCUAGUCUCCCUUCUGGCUCCCCUCUGGCAACUGUAUCUAAUGCCCCUCAUGUUAUGACUUCCUCUACAGUAAAGGAGUCAAAAUCAACAUUUCUGACAUCUGACAUGAUAUCAGUGCACCCAUUCACUAACUUGACAACACUACCCUCUGCUACUAUGAGCACCAUACUCACCCAAACCAUUCCUACACCUACACUGGGUGGUAUCACUACUGGCUUCCCAACUUCUCUCCCUAUGUCUAUAAAAGUCACAGAUGACAUUGUGUACAUUUCCACACACCCUGAGGCAUCCUCCGGAACCACAGUAACUGCCAACCCCAGGACUGUGCCUCAUCCUUCAUCCUUUAGCAGAAAGACUAUGUCACGUUCUACAACUGACCACACUCUAUCUAUUGGUUCCAUGCCUCUGCCUAGCUCUACAAUAACAUCUUCAUGGGGCAGAAUUCCAGCAGCAUCAUCACCCUCUACCUUGAUUAUUCCUAAGCCCACACUGGACUCCCUUCUAAAUAUAAUGACUACUAAAACCACUGUUCCUGGAGCCUCAUUUCCACUAAUAUCCACUGGGGUGACACAUCCUUCUACAGCAACUGUGUCUUCACCAAUAUCGUCCUUUUUUGAGACAACUUGGCUGGACUCCACACCUUCCUUUCUAUCUAUGGAAGCAUCACCUUCGCCUAUUGCCACCAAGUUCACAGUUUCCUUCUACAAUGUUGAAAUGAGCUUCUCUGUCUUUGUUGAAGAGCCAAGGAUCCCUAUUACCAGUGUUAUAAAUGAAUUUACAGAAAAUUGGUUGAAUUCUAUAUUUCAGAACAGUGAAUUUUCUCUUGCUAAUCUGGAAACCCAAAUUAAAAGCAGGGACAUUUCAGAGGAAGAGAUGGUCAUGGAUCGAGCUAUUUUGGAACAGAGAGAAGGACAAGAAAUGGCUACAAUUUCCUAUGUACCAUACAGCUGUGUUUGUCAGGUCAUCAUAAAAGCCAGCUCUUCCUUAGCAUCCUCGGAAUUGAUGAGCAAAAUCAAAAGUAAAAUACAUGGCAACUUCAUGCAUGGAAACUUCACACAAGAUCAAUUGACGUUAUUAGUAAACUCUGAGCAUGUUGCAGUGAAAAAACUAGAGCCUGGAAAUUGCAAAGCUGAUGAAACAGCCUCCAAAUACAAAGGGACUUAUAAGUGGCUAUUAACCAACCCUACGGAGACAGCCCAAACUAGAUGCAUAAAAAAUGAGGAUGGAAACGCCACAAGAGUCUGUUCAAUCAGCAUCAACACGGGCAAAUCUCAGUGGGAAAAGCCAAAGUUUAAACAAUGCAAAUUGCUUCAGGAACUUCCUGACAAGAUUGUGGAUCUUGCUAAUAUUACCAUAAGUGACGAGAAUGCUCAGGAUGUUGCAGAGCAUAUUUUAAAUUUGAUAAAUGAAUCCCCAGUCCUGGAUAAAGAAGAGACAAAGAUUAUUGUUUCUAAAAUAUCAGAUAUUUCACAAUGUGAUGAGAUAAGUAUGAACCUAACCCAUAUUGUAUUACAAAUAAUCAACGUUGUUUUGGAAAAGCAAAACAAUUCAGCCUCUGAUCUGCAUGAAGUAAGCAAUGAAAUUCUGAGGAUAAUUGAGCGUACUGGUCACAAGAUGGAGUUUUCUGGGCAGAUAGCAAAUCUGACAGUGGCCGGGCUGGCUUUGGCUGUGCUGCAGGUGGACCACACGUUUGAUGGCAUGGCCUUCAGCAUUCACUCCUAUGAAGAAGGCACAGACCCUGAGAUUUUCCUAGGCAAUGUCCCUGUGGGAGGGAUUUUGGCUUCCAUAUAUUUGCCUAAAUCACUGACGGAGAGAAUUCCUCUUAGCAACUUACAAACGAUCUUGUUUAAUUUCUUUGGCCAAACUUCACUCUUUAAGACCAAAAACAUCACUAAAGCAUUAACCACAUAUGUUGUGAGUGCCAGCAUUUCAGAUAUGUUUAUUCAAAACUUAGCUGACCCAGUGGUUAUCACUCUGCAGCAUAUUGGAGGAAACCAGAAUUAUGGUCAAGUUCACUGUGCCUUUUGGGAUUUUGAGAAUAAUAAUGGGCUGGGUGGAUGGAAUUCAUCAGGCUGUAAAGUAAAGGAAACAAACGUAAAUUACACAAUCUGUCAGUGUGACCAUCUCACCCAUUUUGGAGUCUUAAUGGAUUUAUCCAGAUCUACAGUGGAUACAGUGAAUGAACAGAUAUUAACGCUUAUAACAUACACCGGAUGUGGAAUCUCCUCCAUUUUCCUGGGUGUUGCAGUGGUGACAUACAUAGCUUUUCACAAACUUCGAAAAGAUUAUCCUGCCAAAAUUCUGAUCAACCUGUGCAUAGCACUACUGGUGCUAAACCUGGUAUUUCUGGUCAAUUCUUGGUUGUCAUCAUUUCAGAAGGCGGGAGUUUGUAUCACAGCUGCAGUGGCACUUCAUUACUUCCUGCUUGUUUCUUUUACUUGGAUGGGCCUGGAGGCAGUCCACAUGUAUUUGGCUCUAGUCAAAGUCUUCAACAUAUACAUUCCAAAUUAUAUACUUAAAUUUUGUCUAGUUGGUUGGGGAAUCCCAGCAAUCAUGGUGGCAAUCACAGUCAGUGUGAAAAAAGAUCUGUAUGGAACUCUGAGCCCAACAACUCCAUUUUGUUGGAUUAAAGAUGAUUCUAUCUUUUACAUCUCAGUGGUGGCUUAUUUUUGCCUCAUAUUUCUCAUGAAUCUCUCCAUGUUCUGCACUGUUCUUGUUCAACUGAAUUCUGUGAAAUCCCAAAGCCAGAAGACUCGUCGGAAGAUGAUCCUGCAUGACCUCAAAGGCACAACGAGCCUGACAUUCUUACUUGGCCUCACCUGGGGGUUUGCCUUUUUUGCCUGGGGACCUGUGAGAAUCUUUUUCUUGUAUCUUUUUGCCAUUUUUAACACUUUGCAAGGAUUCUUCAUUUUUGUGUUUCACUGUGUGAUGAAGGAGAGUGUGCGGGAGCAGUGGCAGAUACACCUCUGUUGUGGGUGGUUGCGAUUGGAUAACUCUUCUGAUGCGAGCAGCCGGUGUCAGAUAAAAGUUGGAUAUAAACAGGAGGGACUAAAGAAAACCUUUGAGCACAAACUGUUGACACCAUUCCUCAAGUCAACUGCAACUAGCUCCACUUUCAAAUCUUUAGGCUCUGCACAAGGCACACCUUCAGAAAUAAGCUUUCCAAAUGAUGAUUUUGACAAAGAUCCUUACUGUUCCUCUCCUUGAGUUGUGAAGUUGUGCCUAAUUAUGUAAAAAGAAUAUAAUACCUGUGGAAAUAAAAAUGAAUUCCAAGUGUAUACUUGCUCAGCUGAUGGGCACACCAAAAUCUCACAAAUCACCACUAACGAAUGUACUCAUGUAACCAAAUACUACCUGUUCCACCAAAACCUAUGGAAAUUUUAAAAAUUAAAAAUAAAAAUAAAAACAAAAAUCCCAAAAUGAAUUCCAUUCACAAACAGAAUUUUUCAAUAAAUCCCAGUAGAGAAAAUGAGAUGGGCGGAGCAAGAUGGCCGAAUAGGAACAGCUCCAGUCUCCAACUCCCAGCGCGAGCGACACAG